UGUCACGUGGUGCGCGUGUCGAAGGUCACGGCGCGCUCACAAUGGAGCUCUCGGAGUAUGUGCAGAAAGGCUUCCAGAUGCUGGCCGAUCCUGGCUCCUUCGACUCCAACGCCUUCACGCUUCUCCUCCGGGCGGCUUUCCAGAGCCUGCUGGACGCCCAGGCGGACGAGGCCGUGUUAGAUCACGCAGACUUGAAACAUAUCGACCCUGUGGUUUUAAAACAUUGUCACACAGCAGCUGCAACUUACAUACUGGAGGCAGGAAAGCAAAGAGCUGACAAGUCAACUCUAAGCACUUAUCUAGAAGACUGUAAAUUUGAUAGAGAGCGAAUAGAACUGUUUUGCACGGAAUAUCAGAAUAAUAAGAAUUCCCUAGAAAUCCUACUGGGAAGUAUAGGCAGAUCUCUUCCUCAUAUAACUGAUGUUUCUUGGCGUUUGGAAUAUCAGAUAAAGACCAAUCAACUUCAUAAGAUGUACAGACCUGCAUAUUUGGUGACCUUAAAUGUAGAGAACACUGAUUCCCGAUCCCACCCAGAGAUUAGUUUUAGUUGCAACAUGGAACAAUUACAGGACUUGGUGGGGAAACUUAAAGAUGCUUCGAAAAGUCUGGAAAGAGCAACUCAGUUGUAACUUGGGAAAGUUAACGAUCCGCCCGGGUGUCGAGGAAGACCAGGAACGCCUCGUCGUCGACCAAACCACCGUUUGUACGAGCUGGAUGUCCUUGUCUUAAGUAGAAAAAAAAAAACAAAAAACAAAAAAACGUUGCCUUUUGGAUUUAUGCCGCUCGUCCAUUUUGACACUUUUUUACACGUGUAAAAGAGUUGAGGGAAAUUCUGCCUAUUUCAGACAUCUUUAGCAUAAACUGUACAUUGAUCCCAUUUGGUCUUUUUCAAGUCUCACAAGAGGAAGUAGACAGUAUUACACUCCGAAUAAAUAAGUUGUUCCCACAAAAA